AGCACAGCACAAGUAUAUCAAUGCUAAUUGUUAAUUUAUUUUAUGUGCAUUUUUCGCGGUAUAGAGACAAGCUGGCUUUUUGUUAAAUUUUAUUUCCCUAAAGCUAACACUAGAUGUCGAUGCCUGCACGGUUACCAUCUACCGAUGACCAAACACUUGCCUUUGAAGACAAUUUUCACUUCAGCGCAGUUAUUUCCUGAAACAUGAGUGACAUCUACGAGUCUGCAGCCAAUUCUCUGGGCCUGUUCAACAGCCCCUGCCUGACCAAAGUAGAGCUGCGGGUCGCCUGCAAAGGCAUCUCAGACAGGGAUACCCUCUCCAAGCCGGAUCCCUGCGUGGUCAUCAAAAUGCAGUCCCAUGGCCAGUGGUUGGAGGUGGACAGGACAGAGGUGAUUCGGAGCUGUAUAAACCCCACAUUUUCUAAGGUCUUCACCCUGGACUUCUACUUCGAAGAGGUCCAGCGACUACGUUACGAGCUCUACGACAUCAGCAGUAGUCAUAAUGGCAUGAGAGAGGCGGACUGCUUGGGAGCCAUGGAGUGCACACUGGGCCAAAUCAUCUCCCAGAGAAAAUUCACCAAAGCCCUGCUUAAACAGGGCAACACAGUUGGGAAAUCGUCUAUCAUGAUCACCGCUGAGGAGCUGACAGGAAAUAACGAUUAUGUCGAACUCUCAUUCAGUGCGAGGAAGUUGGAUGAUAAGGAUUUUUUCAGCAAGUCGGAUCCAUUCUUAGAGAUCUACAGGGAAAACGAUGACAGCACUCAGCAACUAGUGCACAGAACAGAGACUGUCAUGAAUAACCUCAACCCCGCAUGGAAGACCUUCAAGACGUCCCUUAACUCACUCUGUAGUGGAGACCAUGAAAGAAUCCUGAAGUGUACAGUGUGGGACUGGGACUCGAACGGAAAGCACGAUUUCAUAGGGGAGUUUCAAGCUACGUUCAAAGAGAUGCGAUUAGCGAUGGAUGGAAAACAGGUCCAGUGGGAAUGCAUAAACCCUAAAUAUAAAGUCAAGAAGAAGAAUUACAAGAACUCUGGGAUUGUCAUUCUGAAUCAGUGCAAGAUCAUUAAGAUGCAUUCCUUCCUGGACUACAUCAUGGGUGGUUGCCAAAUACAGUUUACAGUAGCGAUUGACUUCACAGCCUCUAAUGGGGAUCCUAGAAACAGUUGUUCGUUACACUACAUCCACCCCUACCAGCCUAAUGAGUAUCUGAAAGCUUUAGUCGCAGUGGGGGAGAUUUGCCAAGACUAUGACAGUGACAAAAUGUUCCCAGCGUUUGGCUUUGGUGCUCGGAUACCUCCAGACUUCAAGGUUUCACAUGACUUUGCAGUAAACUUCAACGAGGACAACCCAGAAUGUGCAGGUAUACAGGGUGUGGUAGAGGCCUACCAGAAUUGCCUUCCUAAGAUCCAGUUGUACGGUCCCACAAACAUUGCCCCGAUCAUCCAGAAAGUGGCCAACUUUGCCUCUGAGGAAAUGCACACCAAAGAGGCCAUGCAAUACUUCAUCCUGCUCAUCCUAACGGACGGUGUGAUCACAGAUAUGGCGGACACUAGAGAGGCGAUCGUCCAUGCCUCUCACCUGCCCAUGUCUGUCAUCAUCGUGGGAGUUGGAAGCGCCGAUUUCACUGACAUGGAGAUGCUGGACGGUGAUGACGGAAUCCUUCGUUCGCCUAAAGGGGAACCAGUGUUGCGUGACAUCGUACAGUUUGUGCCGUUCCGUAACUUCAAACAUGCCUCUCCUGCUGCUUUGGCAAAAAGUGUCUUAGCCGAAGUCCCAAACCAGGUGGUGGACUAUUACAACAGCAAGGGGAUCAAGCCCAAGUGCCCCAGCGAGUAUGAGUCUUCCAGGACGUUUGGCCACUGAAGCGCCGAGCUAACGCUCAUUUCAAAAAACGAGCACGUUUCUGUGAAUUUGAAUCCUAAUCUGUUCUACUUUGCUUUGUUUGCAUGCGUAGCCUGUGAGGCUUGCAUAGGUGUUGCAAUGCUGCCGUUCCUAUUAUGUACAUGUGUACAUGUACAGACUUACAACCAUGAAGAAAGCAAAAACUCAAAAAGUCCUACUGAUGUAAGCAUGAUGACUGGGAUUAUCUGAAGAAUAGUUGGAUUAUCUGUUGUUUUCUUUUAUAUAAAGGUUUAUUGAGAUUUUGCUAAAUUUCGUAAUGUUCUUACAUUGUAAAGCAUUUUGGAUCUUAGAGAAUGAAUAGCUAUUUGAAUUAGAAUAUCUAUGGACAUUCAGGCUUUCUUUUUCUGUUUUUGUUCUUUUUUUGCAGAUGCAGGGACAGAUGCAUGAUUGUAUUUUGCAUGUUAAUAAUAAUCCAGCCUCGUUUUUCUACUUGUUCCUUUUGGGGCCUGUUAUAUGAUUUUAUGUGAAGCUGCUCUUCUGAAACCAGUCCACAAAUUAAA